AUGUCCAAUCCACUACUUGCACUAAAGCUUAAACAGAUAGAGACACUAAAGAGCAAAUGUCCAACUAUAAAAGAGAUAACUAAAGACUCAACAUAUAAGAUACCUCUACUCAAUGGUGCUCACCUUAUAAUAUCAUUGCCAAUGAACUUCCCUUCAGUGCCACCAGCAUACUUCUUGGAAUCACAUGAUGGACAAACACUGGCGACUAAACCACCGGCAUGGGGACAGAUGACAUCAUUGGCAAAGAUCACAAUGGAGUACUUGGACUUUUAUAGCAAGCAUCCACCUCAGUUCUUACAGCAGCAACAACAGCAACAAAAUAACUACUCGCCUCCACCCAGCUACUACUCCUCAGCGUCGCCACAGCAGCCGCUGGGACAGUCUGGCGGCGCAGGCCAGCCACCUCCACCAUACACCGCCUCCAAGGACCAGAAGAAUGUACAGAAACCAAUCAUCCCAUCACUGCCCACGCGCUUCCCCGAGCUCGAGUCAAAGACCAAGGAGGAGCUGCUCGAACUGCUAAAGUCAGAUGAGCUCGAGGUGUUCCUCUUCUCAAUCGACGAGGUCAGCGCAAUGUCGGCGCAAAAGGAACGUCUGCAAGCAGACAAUGAGAAGUUGUCGGCGCCAAUCGAGCAGAAGCAACGCAGUCUGGAAGAGCUCAAGGUGCAACUGGCCGAGCAGCAGGCACUGUACAAAGAACUCAAGCUGCAGAGCGAGGAGAAGCAAAAGAAGAAGGAGGCGAUACAGCGUGCCUUCUCGGCGGCCGUGCUUGUCGAGCGGUUGACCGAGGCGGCGUCCAUCUCAGAGGCCGAGUCAGACUCGAUCGCCAACGAGUUCCUCGAGGGCAACAUCGAUUUGAAAGAGUUCAAGAAGCAGUUCAAGGAUAAGAGGAACAUCUACCAUUCGCGACUAGCCAAGAAAGAGAGCAUUGCAAAGGAUAUCAAGUAG